GUGUGAAUGUUUUUUUUUUCCUUAUCGAUGAGAGCAAAAACCCCUUUAGUGCUCUUAUUGUCCUCUAUGUGAGUCUGAUAAGAAACACCAGUCGUCGGGAUGCCGUCUCCCUGAGCUUUUCCAGACAAAUAUCUGAGUCACUGUGGAGCCGAGGCGAGAUCGUGGAAAAUGGGAGGCUGAAAAUCAGAGCAUCCACCGGGUAUUCGGAGCUGCAGAAGUGCCACUAGUUGUUUUGAAGGAGCGAGGAAAGUGCAACGUCUUUUAACCAAGAUGGGUUCGGCUUUCAAGAGGUUCUGCAUGCAGUUCUGCUGCUGCUGCUGUGCUGAAGACGAGGACGAAGAGGAGGAAAAGCAACCUCUUGUAACUCCAGAUCCACUGGAUUAUUUUACUCGUGAAGUCCAGAAGAGACGAGACGAGGAGACCAACCUGUGGAGUGAACCCGGAGACCCCAGCCACUCGGAGAGAGCUGAUGACCGAACGCUUCACACCCUGCUUCAGGCCAGGAAUAAAACCCGCAUUGGAUCCACGGGCUAUCGUCGCCUGAGUGUCGACAUCGAAGCCAUGAGAGAUACACGCAGAGAAGUCAGAGACAAAUGGAAAACCAUCCUGGAGAACCUGGGUUUUAUGGCAGAGGCAGACUCUCUGCUGACAGUAUCUGCUGGUGCCUCAGCUGACCGCAUGCGUAACGCCCCGGCAGCACGUGCCAUGCUGCACACGUUGCACACGGAGACCUCCAUCUUCUGCUCCAAGGAGGCCCCACCAGAGAGAUAUCUGUUCAUCAUUGAUCGCCUUCUUUACCUCGACAUCGGUGAAGAUUUCUUGGCCAAGGCGAAGCGGUUUUACCCUCCGAAGGACGACUCUGACGAGGAGAUGCCGGGCCUGGCCAUAAACCUGCCGCUCCUGCUGGCCAGGGUCGAGGCCAUGAACGGACGUGGCAAUGACGACGAUGAAGAGGACGACAGUGAAAAAGAUGAUUAAAAACUGAUCCAAUGAGGUCUGCUGGCUUGCAGUGAUGACAGACAGCAGCCAGGGGGCAGUAGCCAUCAAUCUUGAUUAUCUUCAGGUGGCUGAAGCUGCUGCUGGCUGAGUAUCUUCUUCUUCUGCCCUAACUUCAAGGGUUAAAUCAUUUCUGUUUUCUUUCUUCCAAAAGAAGCGGGGACUAUUACAAAAUUUCAGAAAUGUUCAUUCGCUGUGAGAGUGUUUUUCUCCCUUCCGCAGAGUUUGAAGCGUGUUCAUUGUUCACUUUCUGAGAACCUUCAGGGUAGCAAUGAUUUUUUUCAGCAGAGCCCCUUUAUCUUUUGUCCUGUGAUUAUCAGCACUUCCAGUCAAUCACAUGAUUUGUGCAAGCACUCUAUAAACAGUCUGGCUAUCUAAUGUCACAAUUAUUAUUUUUUAAAUAAUUAACAUCAAUUAUUUCUGUUUAUUUCAUCAGCACUUGUUUGAAGUCUGCAUUUGGUUUCAGAUUAAAUUGGAAAAAGAGAAUGAAAAUUGCGAAAUCAUUACCGUAUGUUGAACGUUAUGAAGUGAUUAUGUGUGCGACUGAGACGGCCUUCAGGUGAUGUGUGUGGGAGCGUAUUUUUCCUUCCAACAAUCUAUGGAAAAUGUGAAAAACAUCUAAGUAAGUCUUUGUGUUUGUUCAUGAUUGAAUAAAAGUUUCUGCCUAAAGCC